AGGAGCUGAGCUAGGCAAGGAGGGAGUCCCGGCCCUCCCCCGGUCCUCCGGGUUCUCCGGCUCCACACAGGCUGCCGCCUGGUCUCUACUAUAGGAAAGGGGCUCUUGGCUGGUAGGAGCCUCCCCAAAGCCUCCCCCACCCCCAGCCAGUGCACUUGCUAGCUCUUGAACACACUCUUACCAGAGACCCAGACUGCAAGAUUCAGCAUUGGAGGUGAAUCCUCAAAGGUGGUCCAGCUGCCUGGUUCCUUCUAGAACCCACCACCUGGCACCAGGUAGGAAUACAAUGGCCGUCCAGGUACCGCGGCAGAUGGUCUACUUCCUACUGAGUCUGUUCUUUCUGGUGCAAGGUGCACAUGGUGGCAGCCCCCGAGAAGACUUCCGCUUCUGUGGCCAGCGGAACCAGACACAACAGAGCAACCUCCAUUAUGAUCAAUCUUCAGAGCCUCACAUCUUUGUGUGGAACACAGAGGAGACUCUUACGAUUCGUGCCCCCUUCCCGGCAGUCCCAGACAUUCCCCGCUUAUUCCCGGAGCCUAGAGGGCUCUACCACUUCUGCCUCUACUGGAGCCGCCACACUGGGAGGCUCCACCUGCGCUAUGGCAAGCAUGAUUACCUGCUUAGUAGCCAAGCCUCCAGCCUCCUCUGCUUCCGGAAACAGGAGCCGAGCCUGAAGCAGGGGGCCCCACUGAUCGCCACCUCUGUCCGCUCCUGGCAGAGCUCCCAGAACACCAGCCUGCCUGGGGCUGCAAGCUUCAUCUUCUCCUUCCACAAUGCCCCGCACAAGGUCUCCCACAAUGCAUCUGUGGACAUGUGUGAUCUCAAGAAGGAACUGCAGAUGCUUAGCAGGUACCUGGAGCAUCCUCAAAAGGCCUCCAGGCGGCCCUCUGCAGCGUUCAUCAGCCAGCAGUUACAGAGUCUGGAGUCAAAGCUGACCUCUGUGAGCUUCCUGGGAGACACGUUAUCCUUUGAGGAGGACCGGGUCAAUGCCACAGUAUGGAAGCUGCCACCCACAGCCGGGCUAGAGGAUCUGCAAAUCCACUCCCAGCAGGAGGAGGAGCAGAGUGAAGUCCAGGCAUACUCGGUGUUGCUUCCCCGGGCCGUAUUCCAGCAGACCAGAGGCCGUCGCCGGGAUGCUGCCAAGAGGCUCCUGGUCGUAGACUUUAGCAGCCAAGCUUUGUUCCAGGACAAGAAUUCUAGCCAAGUCCUGGGCCAGAAGGUCUUGGGCAUUGUCGUGCAGAACACCAAAGUCACCAACCUCUCAGAUCCUGUGGUCCUCACCUUCCAGCAUCAGCCACAGCCAAAGAACGUGACUCUGCAGUGUGUUUUCUGGGUUGAAGACCCGACAUCAAGCAGCCCUGGGAGCUGGAGCAGUGCAGGCUGUGAGACAGUUAGCAGAGACACACAGACAAACUGCCUGUGCAACCAUCUGACCUACUUUGCAGUGCUGAUGGUGUCAUCCAUGGAGGUAGAAGCCACUCACAAGCACUACCUUACGCUCCUGUCCUACGUGGGCUGUGUCAUCUCUGCUCUGGCUUGUGUCUUCACCAUUGCUGCCUACCUCUGCUCCAGGAAGAAGUCACGUGACUACACCAUCAAAGUGCACAUGAACCUGCUGCUGGCUGUCUUCCUGCUGGACGUGAGCUUCCUGCUCAGUGAGCCUGUGGCACUGGCGGGCUCCGAAGCAGCCUGUCGCACCAGUGCCAUGUUCCUGCACUUCUCCCUGCUUGCCUGCCUCUCCUGGAUGGGCCUCGAGGGCUACAAUCUCUACCGACUGGUGGUGGAGGUCUUUGGUACCUAUGUUCCUGGCUAUCUACUCAAGCUGAGCAUCGUGGGCUGGGGUUUUCCUGUCUUCCUGGUCACUCUGGUGGCAUUGGUCGAUGUGAAUAACUAUGGCCCCAUCAUCCUAGCUGUGCGCCGGACUCCGGACCGUGUCAUCUACCCCUCUAUGUGCUGGAUCCGGGACUCCCUGGUGAGCUAUGUCACUAACCUGGGCCUCUUCAGUCUGGUGUUCCUGUUCAACCUGGCUAUGCUGGCCACCAUGGUGGUGCAGAUCCUGCGGCUUCGCCCACACAGCCAGAAGUGGCCCCAUGUGUUGACUCUGCUGGGCCUCAGCCUGGUCCUUGGCCUCCCCUGGGCCUUGGUCUUCUUUUCCUUUGCUUCUGGUACCUUCCAGCUCGUCAUUCUCUACCUCUUCAGCAUCAUAACUUCCUUCCAAGGUUUCCUCAUCUUCCUGUGGUACUGGUCCAUGCGAUUCCAGGCCCAAGGUGGCCCCUCCCCUCUGAAGAGCAACUCAGACAGCGCCAAGCUCCCCAUCAGCUCUGGCAGCACCUCUUCCAGCCGCAUCUAGGCCACUGCUGCACCUCCCUCAGGGAGGACACAUGCAUGGCGUCUGUUCACAUCGUCUGUGGCCUGGUGCUGUGCCCAGCCUUUGUUGGUUAGCGGCGUACUAGAGAAGGCCCUGGUCCUUGAAGGGGUAGGGCUGUUGCUCUGGUAGGUAGAUACCUAGCUUGCCUUGGGGACUACUCUGGUCCCCAAAGGGCUCAGAAGCACACUGCCAUUCUGUUCGUGGGGCUGUCCUCACAGCUGUUUCAGUCUGGAGCUGAGACCUUGUCUUUCUGGCCACCUCUGGGUCCAGCUGUUACUGCUGGGUGUUGAGACCGGCAGGCCUAAGCUGGGGUUAGAUCUUAAAAGAGGCUGACACAUCCGGCCUGAAACACUUGGCUCUGGCUGCUCUGUCUCUGUGGUCACCAUGCAGAACUCAAGGGUGGCACUGGGGGUAAAUGGGCGGAGAAAAGGUUUGGAGGCAGAGCCCCUUAGGAGCUGAGCAUCUCCCCAACCUGUCUGCAAGCCCUUCUCUUCAUUCCCUACCCCACCCCCUCCUCUGUGAUCCCCUAACCCUCCACCUGCAGCCUGGGGUCCUAGACCAGUGCUGUGAUUUGGGGUAGUAGUUCCCAGGAGUUUCCUGGUGCCAGCUAUAAACUUCUGUCUGUUGUGUGGGUUUUGGCCUCUGACUCAGGUUCCUGGGCUGAACCAGGCCAACCUGUCUGAGCCUUUCUCCAAGCUGCCUCACCUUUGCUCACACCUCAGAGGAGCCUCCGCCUCUCCUGAAGCCUCCCUGGGGCAAGAACUGCGGGAUACAGCCCCUCCCCCUUUUCAACCCAGCAUUCUGAAGACCAAGACAGCCCCCUCUGGUGACAUUGGCCAAGUUUGUUGUUCUCCUGAGAAGUGGUCUUCAAAUCCCUGUAGGUGGCUCUGAAGACACUGGGCUGCCUAUCGUGAAUUCUGUCCUACUAACGUACAGUGAGUGGCUCCCGAAAGCUCUCACAAAGUCCUGGAGCUGUAGGCAUGGGUCUGGGAAUCCAGGAGGACUUCCUGCAGAAGGCAGCAUUUCAUCUUGACCUCAGCCUUCAAGUUGGAGAGCAUGUUCUUUUUAAAUACCAGUUCAUUUGUCUUUUGAUAUUAAAGCUCUUUGUAGAGAAUGUGGAAACUGUAGGAGGUUAUUGAGAAGAAAAAUAAAAAAUCAGCUGUUAUCUAAUGCAAAGCAACACA